ACGUUAAACGAUGUGGAAUGGGUUUGAAUCGGUUAUUACAUGCGUGCUAAAAUCAAUUAUUAUUACGAAAUAAAGUGUAAUUAAAUACGAAACUAAUAUACGUUAAAUACAUUUGCAAAGUGAUCAUUUCUUUCUUGCAAGAGUAUUUGCUUACAGUAAAAUAUGCAGAGUAUUCGCCAGUGUGUUAAACAAUUAGCAUCAUAUAGCAAAUCUGCUAUAAACAAGACGAGUAUACUAUCAAGUGCAACAAAUUUUGCACAAACGCCAACAUGCAAUGUGCAUAUUUCUGCAAUCUGUUGCAGAACUGAUUUGAGUAAAUACGAAACUCCGACAAGGUUUUUAGAUAAUAACAAAACUGUAUUUCCACCUCAAAAACCAGAUGAAGAGAGAAGACCUGCUUAUGUAUGUCAUAUGAAAGCCAAUAUAAAGUACAGUCCGAAGAAAAUGUGGUACGUCGCAGGCUUUGUACGAGGAAUGACCGUGGACGAAGCCGUAAAACAAUUGAGUUUUAUGUAUAAGAAAGGCGCUGAGAUUGCAAAGGAAGUUAUACUAGAAGCUCAACGUUUGGCUGUAGAGGAACACAACGUUGAAUUUAAAAGUAAUUUGUGGGUCGCGGAAUCAUUCAGUACCAAAGGUAUUGUAAUAAAGGGUAUACGACGACAUGCUAGGGCACGCAAAGGAAUUGUGCAUUACAGAUAUUGCCACUAUUUUGUACGCUUGGAAGAAGGAGCGCCACCUAAGCACUAUUAUCAGACACAUCCUAAAACUGGCGAGGAAUUGUUAAACAAUUGGAUGAAGCAGCUGCAUAUGCGCAAAAUACCGAAUUCUUUGUAAUAUUAGAAAUACGAUUAUAAUACUGUAAAUAUAUUAUUUAAGAACUAUUUACAAAUCAUAUAUAUCAAAGGUACAUCUUU